GCUAUUAUUGAAGAUGUGUAUGCAAAGAGUUUAGCAAAUUUGCGUCAUCUGCUCUUGGUGACCAGGAAGAAGGAACAGUUGGAAAGGCUUGGAAACAAGUUAAAACAAAACUACAUGAAGAAGCAAGUGCUCAUCAAGCAUUUUCUUUCAAGCUAUUGAAUAAGGUUCAUGGACCAUUCCAAGUCAAAGUGACCGAGGAAUCAAAAACAGAUACAAAGAAACAUGAUCAAUUUAGAGAUUUACUUCAUGAAGACAGAAAAGCAAUAUCUUCCUCAUUCGGUCUUCUUCAAAAGGCAAGGGAAAGUGUUGUUGAAAAGCAAAGAGUAGUUGGAGAAAAAGAGAUGGCUGCUCAACAAUCAUCAAAGGCUUUAGACAAAUAUGAAAAGGCUGUAAAGAAAACAGUACAAGCCGGACAAGACCACAGAAAAGCUGUAGAGUUGUACAAUGCAAAUCAAAAAAAAUGGGUUGAUGAUAUGGUUUCAUCUUGUUCAGUCUUAGAGAAUCAAGAAGUUGACAGGGUUGAAUUUAUCAAACAACAAAUUAUGCUCUAUGUAUUUUUAAGAAAAGAAGUCAAUGAAACGUGUGAAAAGGCCAUGGGAGGUAUAAUACAGGAAGCACAGCAAAUAAAUGCAUUGAAAGAUCGAAAGCUCUUUGUGGAGAAACAUGGAACAGGUUCAAUAAGACCUGUUGAUAUGCCUUGAAAAAUGACCAACAUGAUUUUUGCAUGCUGAAUGACAUCUUAGUGAUAAAAACAAGUUGUGGAUGACUUAUUUUAUAACGCUAAUUAUAAAUUAAAUAAAAAUUAUUUUGAUAGAUUGAAAGGCGCUCCCUAUAAUAUUCAUGAUGAUAAAUGACAAUAUUUUUGAAUGAAUUUGAAUAAAAGUUUUGAAUAUGUA